AUGUUAGCAUUUAUAGCAAAAAACUUAAAUGAUAUAGUAUACUUAUCAUUGCUGCUAUUUAGUGUUUUUAUCGGCCCUUACUAUAGAAAAUUAAAAACGAUUGAGGCAAAAAAAUGGGCUGGUACAAUUUUAGGUUUGUCAUUGAUCGUAACUGUCUCAGGAUAUAGUUCAGUUCAUCCAAUUUUAUCAGGGUUACUUGGGAUUCUUGCUAUUAAAGCAGCUACAAUUAAAUACUGCCAUGUUGUCACAUUUUUUUUAAUGUUUGGAUAUUUAUUCUUCUUCCGUCUUGCUGAUAAGUUUGGUUUUUCACUUUCUUCUGGUCAAACCAAUCUCAUAGAAAUGAUAAUAGUUUUAAGAGUGGUGGGAGUAGCAUUUGAAAUGAAUGGUUCAUGGUUAGCUCUUGCUAAGACAAAGAAUAAAGAUGAAAAAGAGGAUCAAAAAGAAAAAUCUGUAAAAGAUAGAGAUGAUGAUUUUUUGGAAUUAAUUAAUCCAAACAUUGUGGAUCUCUUUCAUUACUCUUUUAAUUACAUUGGAUUAUUGACAGGUCCAUAUUACAGAUACAGAACAUUUGAUGACUACUUUCACCUGCCCUAUAGUAAAUAUGUGGACUGUUUUGGCUUUACCAUCAAUACUUUGAAAACAGUCCCUUUGUAUAUAUCCUUGUAUUUGGCUUUCUCCAACUUAUGGCCUUUAGAUUAUAUUCUGACAGAGGAGCACAACAAUAGAAACUUUUUGUAUCGAAUGCUCUACCCGUGGGUGCUUUUUGCCGCAUUCCGACAACGUAUAUACUCUGGAAUGACACUCGCCGAAAGUGUGUGUACUUCAGCUGGCCUUGGAGCAUAUCCUGUGCAGGGAAGAAAUCGUACUGGUCAUGGUCCCACUGUUGGAUACUUAAAAUUAAAACAAAUGUCUGAAGAAGAAGCAAAGUCGGCUGAAUAUGACUUUAAUACAGUUGAAUCUAUGGAUGUAUGGGGUUGUGAAACUGUGGUCACUUUACGAGAUUCCAUGAAAGUAUGGAAUAAAGCAGUGCAGUACUGGGUUGCAAUGGUUGUUUAUAAAAGGUUCCCUGUGAAAAUUUUAAAAAUUCAUGCAGCGCUAUUCGUAUCAGUGAUAUGGCACGGAUUCCACGCUGGAUACUUUUUCUGUAUAUAUUUCUGUCCCUUCUAUUUAAUGGCUGAGGACAUCUACUACAAGUUGUACUACAAAGAUGCUACAGGAAUGAAAAAGAAAAUUAUUGGUUUCAUAAUGUGGUUCCUGAGAUCUCACUCCGAAUCAUAUCAAGCGGCUGCUUUCCUUCUACUUUCUUUUGAUAGAAUUUGGAUCUAUUACUCAUCUGUAUACCACUAUUGGUAUGGAGUAUGGUUCACUUUCUUGAUAUUAGGUAUGGUAUUGAACCAAGUACACAGAACAACGAGACCUAAGAAGAUAAAAGAAGAGAAGAAAGAAGAAGAGAAGAAAGAAGAAGAGAAGAAAGAAGAAUUUAAG